AUGAAAACAACAUAUUAUAUGAGAUCACAUGUUGAUAAUUUUAUUGAUAUUUCAAGAAAAAACUUUAGUAAUGUGAAAUCAUUAGAUAAUGUUGAUGAGAAAAUACUUAAUAACAAUAAAAUUUCUAUGACAUCUUCAAGAUGCCAAUUUAAAAUUCCUUUAAAAGAAAGUGAACUUGUAAGAAGAAUGUACACUUCAACAAAGACAAAUUUAAGAAUUGGAAAACUUCUUGAAGAUUUAGAUAUGUUUGCUGUAUACCUAACACAUCACUAUGCUGAUGGAAAUAUUUUUAAAUAUAAAAAUUUACAUAAUCAAUUAAUAGUUCCAAGAACUGUUGUAACAGCAGCCAUAGGUCAACUAACAUUAAAUAAAAUUUUAGAUAAAAAUGAUGAAGAUUUAAUUUUUGAUGGAUUUGUAAGUUAUGUUGGUAAAACAAGUGCACAAACUACGAUAAGAUUAUAUCAAAAACAAAAUAAUAUCUUUCAACAAUUAAUGGAAUGUAAAGUAAUUAUUGUUUCUAAAAAUCUUUUAAAUAUGAAUGAAACAUUAAAACUUCCACCAAUGAAACUUGAAUCAGAAAAAGAAAAAAAAUUAUUUAAAGAGGGGGAAAAAUAUGUUGAGGAUUUAAAAAAAUUAAUAAAUAUUAAUAUAUCAGAGAUAACACUUAAAGGACUUUAUCCAUAUAAAAUGUCAAGAGAAAUUAAAAGUUUUAUAAAUAGAUUAGACAAAGAUAAUUUUUCAUUGAAAGAUUUAACAUCAUCUGAAACUACUAUAAAUUCAACCUCACACUGGAAUACAUUUAUGGCAUAUGCUCAGACAAAAAAUUUUAAUGGAACUGUUUUUGGGGGAUUAAUUAUGAGAAAAGGUAUUGAAUUGGCAACAUUAACAGCUAGUAAAUUUUGUGAAGAUCAUGCAUAUCUUGUUUCUCUUGGAAAUAUUGCUUUCCGCCAAACAAUUGAUAUUGGUUCAAUUAUUGAUUUAGGUGCCACAAUAACAUAUGUUGAUGAACCAUAUAUUCAAGUAAGAAUAUUUUAUGAAGUUAGUAGUGUAAAUAAUUUAUUUCAAAAGUAUACUUCAAAUAUAAUGCAAUGUACAUUUAAAUAUGAUGGACCAAAUAAAUUAAAAAAAUUACAUUUAGAUAAAGCAGAUGAUAUUAUAAAGAUACUUGAUGGUAAAUUACAUCUAGAAGAAACGAAAAAAGCUUUAAAUGCAAAUUUUAAGGAAAUUUAA